ACUCUGAUACUGGAUAACUGAUUACACACACAAGAUGCGUUGGCUCCCGUUAGAAUCCAAUCCGGAGGUGAUGAAUGCCUGGUCAUCAGCUCUAGGCCUGUCGACCGACCAAGUGAGCUUCACGGACGUCUACGGACUCGACGCGGAACUACUGGCGAUGGUCCCCAAGCCGGUCUAUGCGGUUCUAAUGCUUUUCCCGAUCUCGAAGGAGUACGAGGCGGCACGGGCGGCCGAACAUGCACGGAUAGUAGAUCAGGCCGGUGGAGCGCUCAAGUCCGACGAACGACUUAUCUUUAUCAAACAGACAAUCAGCAAUGCAUGUGGCACGAUCGGCCUUCUCCACGCGUUAGCCAACAAUUCCGAGAUCCCGAUCACUGAGGGACCAUUGACCAAGUUCUUGGAACAGUGUCGGGCUAAGAGCCCCUCUGAGCGUGCACAGCUAUUGGAGGAUGAUUGUGCGAUUGCUGAUGUACAUGCUGAUCAGGCACAGAGCGGACAAUCUAAGGUUCCUAGUUCAGAUGAAGAGGUCAACUUGCACUUUGUCUGUUUUGUCAAGAAGAUCGCACAGCCAGACCGACCAGAAGCAGAGCCCGCCCGAUUGGUUGAGUUAGAUGGCCGGAAGGCGUUUCCGAUCGACCAUGGUCCGAUCGCUCCGUCACAGGAUCUACUCGAAGCUGUGGUACCGGUGGUCAAACAGUUCAUUCAACUGUCUCAGGAUAAUGUGAACUUCAACCUGAUUGCACUCUGUCAAAAUUCUGCAUGA